AUGCCGGAGCUCAAAUGGGAUGCGAAGAAUUUCUGGGUGGAGCAGGAUUUCCAGACCUCGACACGCCUACACCUACAGCACUGGAUCUUCACCCACCAACUCGGAUACCUCCUCCACCCGGAUAUCGAUCAAUCUGAACCACUCAAGAUCGCUGACGUCGCGUGCGGCAAUGCUGCAUGGAUCCUCGACCUACAACGAGCACACCCGGAACACGAAUACCACGGCUUAGACAUCAACCCCAGAAUAUUCCCCGCCGCUGAACUGCUCCCGAAGAACGUCCAACUGCAUGAACUCGACGCCUUCGCAGAUUUGCCAGACGAGUACAAGAAUGCCUUUGACAUAGUCGAUAUCAGGACGAUUUACAGCGCCAUCAUCGACAACAAAGUCGAACCACUCCUCACCAAUCUCCUGGCUAUGCUCAAGCCGGGUGGGUAUCUGCAAUGGGCGGAGAACGACUUCCACACUCUUGCCGUGCAUACUAUCCAAGGCGGCAAAGCCGAAGCUCUGGAGACUAUUGUCAAUAUCCAGAAGUUCUUCGCGGUUCACCAGACCAAGAUGUCUAGUGAUUGGCUCCUCAACCUGCCUCGAACACUGGAACAGCGACGCUGCAAGGUCUUGGUUGAGGAGCAUAUCAAGCCUUUCCCGAGUCUGGCGCGAGCUUGGUCGGAUAACAAUCUUUCGGUCUUUCUGGGUGUGAUUUCUUUGUUGCCGGAGCAGGAGAUCCCGUUGCCGUCUGUGCCUGGUCUGCCGAAGACGUUGUCGAGGAAGAUUUUGGCUGAGUUGGUUAUGCAGGGCGCGAAGGAGGCGAGUAGUGGUGCUUGGGUGUCGAUGGAGCAGAGGGUCGUGGUUGUGCAGAAAGCCAGCUAG